GCAGCAGUGCAGAGUACUGAAUUCCUCUUAGCUGUGCGUGACAAGGUGCUAAGUCUAAGGGCUGCAACAAGGAUGGCAUGCAUGCAGCAAGCUGCGUGGCUCCUGAUCCGACCGGGCAGCUCUAAGACGUCAUUGUUAACAGCCAUUAGCAAACAUGCAUAUGCGUCGCAUGGCGCUUGCCUCAGUGUAUCAUCAGCGACAUCAUCUUUCUCGCCGGGUUCAGACGUGAUUGCACAACAGACAGUGCCAUGGCUUACUGUGCACAACCGUGCGUACAGUGCAGCUGCUGCGCCAACGACCGGCUCCGGUAUGGCUACAGGCGCUGUCGCGGCGUCUGCGGCGGACACCGCCUCCACCAGCGCCCCUGCCCCUCCCAGCAGCAGCCCUUUUAUGCCUCGCUGGUUGCGCAACCUCUUCCCAGGCGGCGAACAUCUGCCGGCGAGUCCAGCGAUGGAGCGGCAGACGUCGGGUGCUAGUGCCAGCAGCAGCGGCGGCAGCGGCCCGGGCUCAGAGGCGGAUGAUAUCAAGCAGCUGGAGGAGAUGCGCAACAUGGACAUGCAGGGGUAUGUGGAGUAUUGCAAGAAGAUGCGCGGAGGUGCCCCACCGCCCCGCCCCCGGCGCCCGUCCGUAUCACCGGACCACUACGACUACCGGACGAUGCAGGACCAGCGGCGCAUCGCCUUCCUGCGCAUGCAGCAGCACGAGCACAUUGGCAGCCUGGUAACCAAGGAGGAGAGCGACCUCAUCUUGGCCAAGCGGGAGGACGUGGUCAAGAACCGGGCGCUGCUGCAGGCCAUCGCGGACCGCACGGGCGUCUACAUUGACCUGGAGGUGAAGGACUGUAUCGAGCAGUUCCUGGAAACGCGGGAGAACGCGGGUCAGAUGCACCGCUACGCCACGGAGUUCGGUAUGCCGCUGCCCAAGGGCUCCCAGGAGCAGCGGGAAAUGCGAAGGUUCAUGAAGCGCGUGGAGGCGGAGGAAAAGCUGGCAGUGGCGCUUGAGAAGCGGGAUCUGACCUCGUGCUCGCUGCGGCACAAGCUGUCGUGGGCGGGCCCCACAGCACUGUGCGACCAGACAGGGCUGCGCUACCACGAGUGCUGCGGCGCGCUCAAGGCAGGUGCCGCCGCCGGCGAGGUGGACGUCUCCAGGCUGCGCAUCCCGCCCAUGCUGCUGCAUAGCAAGAAAGCCGGCAAGCGUGAGGUCGUGGACAAAGACCGUGAGCGGCAGGUGCACGGCAUGUUCAAGAGCCGGGCGGAGGGCAUCCUGCGGAAGGCGGCCAUGGAUGGCGUCAAGCCACGGCUGAGGGACUACUGAACACACGCGGCACGCCUGAGGCUCUCUGUGAGGACGGGAAGGAAACAGGUGCGCCGUUGCCGCGGAAUCCAGCAAGUUGAUUGCGUCAGGUGGACUUGAUAGGACAUGUUAAUACACCGCAUCGCGCAGAUGGCAGCCCGGGCGCGCCGACGCCGUGAAGUGGGAUGUCUGUGCGACCUGGUGGCGAGCCACUUCGUGCCGGGGUCAUCAGGUGGCGUGCUUGUCUUACUCCUUGCAGAUGAGCGAUUUUGUGAACGAUGGGGGAGUUAUAGAGUGAACAGUCCGAGCGCGCAAGGGCCCUGGGUACGUUGCGCAUUCUGGUCGCAGGGCGUGUGCGUGUCUGUGUGUGUGGAGGGUGUCGGAGCCUCGCGUUGUGCUCCACGCGCCGCUGAAGGUGGCUCUGAGCGCGUAAUGUAAAUGCAAUCAGCC